GAAGAAGUGAAGAAUGGAGGAGAAGUAAAUGGGGAAGUUGAUGAUGAUGAUGAGGAGGAGGAGGAGGAGGAGGAGGACGAAGAGCCACUUGCCACUUCUGCACAGAUGAGAGCUGCACUCUACACUCUGCAACACGGUUUGCAGGCAUCAGAUUUCACAAAAUUCGAUGAUUUCUGGUGCCUCGAGAAGGACAUCAAAGAUCACUUGUGA